AGUGGCCCUAAAGCAGUCGAAGAACAAACAACUUUUUAAUUCCGAGGGGAGAAAGAGAAAGAGAUAUGCUCUCAAGAAAUUACGGACGACAAUAGUCAAACCGGCAGGAAAUCUUUGGGUGGAGGGUUUUUUUGAUUAAUUUCUUCGUCGCUGUGAAGGAAGAGCUUUGGAAAGAUGAUUCCGUCUAUGGCUUCGAUUUCUUCGUCGUCGUCGUCAUCGUCGCCGUCAGCUACGGUGAGAGUUGAGAAAGCGACCAGUGAGUUCUUGAUCGGACCUGAUUGGACUCUGAACAUGGAUAUUUGCGACACCAUCAAUUCCAAUCAGAUGUUAGCAAAAGAUGUUGUGAAAGCGGUGAAGAAACGAUUGCAGCACAAGAACCCUAAAGUUCAAUUACUUGCUUUAACGCUCCUGGAGACGAUGGUCAAGAACUGUGGUGACUAUGUGCAUUUUCAAAUUGCAGAGAGAAGUAUAUUGCCGGAGAUGGUCAAGAUUGUUAAGAAAAAGGCUGAUAUGCAUGUGAGGGAUAAAAUUUUAACCCUGGUUGGUUCUUGGCAUGAAGCAUUUGGUGGGCCAGGUGGAAGAUAUCCUCAAUAUUAUAUAGCCUAUGAGGACUUAAGGAGAUCUGGCAUACAAUUUCCUCAGCGUUCACCAGAUCCAGUUCCGAUAUUUACUCCACCUGCUACACAUCCAAUACCAAGACAACCUCAACCAGGAUUUGGAAUGCCAAGUGGUUCUUCUACAAGGCUUGACGAAGCUAUGGCUGCUGAAGAAAGUUUAAGUUUAUCAAACUUGAGCUCCGUGCUGGAGGUUCUUAAUCUCUUGGCUGAUAUGCUGAAAGCUGUUGAUCCCAAUGAUCGCUCGGCUAUCAAAGACGAAGUGAUAAUCGACCUUGUUGAGCAAUGCCGAGCCAAUCAAAGGAAGUUGGUGCAGUCAUUGGCCACAACAUCGGAUGAAGAAUUUCUCGGUCAGGGUCUGGAACUGAAUGACGGCCUGCAGAGCGUGCUUGCAAAACAUGACGCCAUCGCUUCUGGUUCUCCAUUGCCACCCGAAGUAACAAAUAUCACUGAUGGAGUAUCCGAGAAACAUGAUUCUAAUGUUAAACCUGCUGAAGCAAACGUGCCCAAUACAGUAUCGAAGGAUUCCACUCCUGUCCCAGUUCACCCCGACAACAGGAAUGUUAUUAUUGACGAGGAGGAUGAAGAGGAAGAUGACUUUGCACUGCUGGCUCGAAGGCAUUCAAAAACUUUAAUAAAUGGUUCUGCUAAUACAUCCGAGUGUAAAAGUGAUGCAGCACAUUCGGAAGGGGUCCCCAGCAAUGCAAUAGUUCCAGUGAGCACGACAACGCCUGCUUCAGAGAGAUCAAAGGAUCAAGACAUCAUAGACCUCCUUAGUAUCACCUUAUCGACUCCUAUAUCAAGUGGCCAAACCCCAGAGACCCCUACCUCCUAUAUGCCCUCACCGGGUCCAGGCCAGAUUCCCUCUUCUACCUCAGGGGUUCCAUUUUCUUCCGAACCCUAUCCUGCUGUGUCCUUCAACAAUUACGUCGCUCCCUGGGCCCAGCCUCAACCUAAGCCGGAGUAUGCAUCUUAUCCUCAGCCGCAGCCUCAAAUGAAGCCAGAGUAUGCAUCUUAUCCCCAGCCUCAGCCUCAACAUGCAGAAAUCCAACCUCGCCCAGAAAUGCAGUAUCAUCAGCCGAAUUUACAUGCACCAGCACCCCAGGCGCAGCAACAAUUUCCUCAGUACAACUAUGGCUAUCCUCCUCCGCCAUGGGCUGCCACUCCCGGGUACUUCAGCAAUCAAAGCUCGGUAUCCAGACCAGCUUACACAUAUACAACUGGUAGGCCAGUUUCUUCGCCAAAUGUUGGACCAUCAUCGCAUCAAAUGUCCAUCAAUGGAGAGUUGCAGGUCAAUUCCAAUGCAAGGCCUACUCCAACCAAUGCUGGACAAAAGCCCUUUAUUCCAUCGUAUAGAUUGUUCGAAGAUCUUGAUGUGUUUGGUAACACAGAUAGGAGAUUCAAAGCAGUGAGCAACUCGCCGCCUAACUUGCUGGGAUCAAACAACCAAAAUAUGGUUGGAGGGGGGAAGUGACCACACCGCGAGCUCGACUGGAGUGACUAUGUAAUUUAGCAGACUGCCGAUUUGAUGUACAUGACUACUAUCUAUAGUUUAAUUUGUUUUGAUAAACCAUGGCGAUUGUCUUAGCACUGUAAUUGCUAGAAUAAUUUAUAUGUACUGCUGCUGACUGUUGAUGGAAGAUUUGUAUCUGUA